CAGUACCAAACAAGCUAUUCUCGUUGUUUCAGAUAUCGGAUGUUAGUCAAUUCCAGCAUCUGUAGAACAAUUAAUGUUGAUAUUAAACAAGAGUUAUUACACAGACUUUUCUCAUCUGAGGAUUCAUCACGAGACUAUGUAACCUCUGCACUUUUCCUAUAAUUCACUAGUUAUCCUUAGCAGGUAUCUGUAUUUUAAGCAAAUUGCAUUCGUAAUGCAUUCAAUCAACAACUGUAGAACCAUGGUCAACACAGUGUCUGUUGUGCUGCUACUGUUAUGUGCUUUUUAUUGUGUUUUGGUAGACCCACAGUCAGGGGGAUUCACGUUUUCUUUCGAGACUGAAAAUGGCAUCAAGCGAGCGUUUGUGACUGGCUCCGCAAACUUUCACGGAGUCUACAUUUACAAUACUAAGGAUGGUGCGAGACAUGUAGUACACUUUGGAGGCAGUGAACGAGAAAGCGGUCCUUUUGUAACCUUAAGUGGGCCAACAACAUCACGACCAGUGGGUCCACCAGUACCCUAUUAUCCGACUGUAGCAUCGGCUACACGUGUACCCGCACCAGCUCCUGUACCAGGUCCGGCUCCUGCACCUGCGCCUACGCCUACGCCUGCCCCCGCGUACGGAGUUUACCCUGUGGCUCCAGGUUACGCAUGUAAGUUGUUACAUGCGCAUAUGGAGGAAGAUUUGGAGAAACAGGAGGAUACGGAGGAGGAUAUGGCGGUGGUGGUACAAGUACUCAAUCCAUCGCUCCUGGUCUAGUAGCAUCUGCGAUUGGAGGUGGUCUCGGAUAGCAGAUGAGAAAAAAAUCUUGUAACAUAGUUACAAUAAAAAUCCCUUGAACUGAUUUCAUCCAGUGAAACAGACAAUAAGAAAAGCAUAGGUGUACGGCAGAGGUAUCUAAAGAUUUAAUUGAAUUGUAACUGAGUCCUUGUGAUACAACCUUAGGUAUGAAAUAGUUGAUUCAGUACAGAAG